CUCUUUGAAGAAGCGAUGAGGAGAAGGAGAAGUACGUCUCCCUGCUGAUACCAGGACGUCUGGGAUGCACUAACCCCCGUUUGUUUUCCACUGGGAUCAUAUUUGUAUAUUUCUCCGGAAAACAAACAAUACUCUGCGGAUUUGGGAUAUCCAUCAAUCGGAUGCGAGCAGAGCCAGGCCCGACUUAACAAUGGGCCCCAUACCCCUGUGUGUCCUGCUCCCGCUGACGGUUCUGGCUCUGACUGUUGCUGCUGAGGGGAUUGCAGCGGACGAUGAGUACACCUGGCCACAGUGGAAGGUCCCUCUGGUUAGGAAAAGACGCACUGUGCCUCUCAGCAGCCCUAACUUCUCAGCUCGUCCUCAGCCUGAGCUGAGUGGGACCUGUGGGAUCGAGUGUCAGCGUCGCCUCCCUGCCACCUCCCUGGAUGACCUGGAGCAGUUCCUGUCCUAUGAGACGGUUUACGAGAAUGGAUCACGUACAUAUACCUCUGUGUCCGUGCAGGGCCUCAGUGAGGUGGCUGCAUGGCCCGGAAACAUCUCGUCCAGCUCGCGUCGCAAACGAGAGGUGUACGGCACAGACACCCGCUUUACCAUCUCUGAUAAGCAGUUUUCCACCAAAUAUCCCUUCUCCACCUCUGUGAAGAUCUCCACAGGAUGCUCUGGAGUUCUUAUUUCACCUAAACAUGUUCUGACCGCUGCACACUGCAUCCAUGAUGGAAAGGAUUAUCUCGAUGGUGCUCAGAAGCUUCGUGUUGGUAUCCUGAAGGAUAAGUCCAGACGAGGGAGAGGAGGCAAAGGGAAAGGAGGGCGAGGGAAGGGUAAGAGGAGAAAGGGAGAAAAAGGCGAAGAGGAAGUGCUGGAGAAGGAGGACAAAGGAGAACGUAAAGGGAAACAGAGAGGUGGAAGGAAAAGAAGUCGGCGAAGUGCAGAAGCUGAAAAACCUUCGUUUAAGUGGACCAGGGUCAAGCAGACCCAGGUGCCUAAGGGCUGGUUCAAAGGUGUGUCUGAUGGACUGGCUGCAGAUUAUGACUAUGCUGUUCUGGAGCUGAAGAAGGCACCAAAAGUCAGACACAUGGAUCUGGGUGUAAUCCCCUCGCUGAAGAAGCUCCCUGCCGGAAGGAUCCACUUCUCUGGCUUUGAUGACGACCGGCCCGGAAACCUGGUGUACCGCUUCUGCUCCGUCUCUGAGGAGUCCAAUGAUUUGUUGUAUCAGUACUGCGAUGCCAAACCCGGCUCCAGCGGCUCUGGGGUUUACAUCCGACUCAAAGAGGCUGGCAAGAAGAAGUGGAAGAGGAAGAUCAUCGGGGUGUUUUCCGGUCACCAGUGGGUGGAUGUAAACGGGGACGGGUCGCAGCAGGAUUACAAUGUGGCGGUGAGGAUAACGCCUCUCAAAUAUGCUCAGAUCUGCUACUGGAUCCAUGGGGACUCGAGCGAGUGCCAGGUAGCUUAAAACACAGGAUUUCACAUCAUCCACCUGACCCUCAGACCCUCCAACCCCCGCCUGGCAUCACCUACCUACCUGGGGCCCGACGACUGCCUCUCCCUCCUGUGCCCCCCAGUGACUCCUGCUACACUGAUCUACACAAACAGACACACACAAACACACAAAUACACAAUCAGCCAUACAGACUCAAGAGACCUGUGGCUCUUCAGCUUUUUUAAUUUAUUUGCUAAAAAAACUGAGAAAAAUAUUUGUAUUGUUGUACUUUUAGAUCCUUUAGAUCUGCUUUCAAUUUCUAUUCUUUUUAAUAUUUGACCAUUUUGGAUUCAACAUUGUAAAGUAUGUAAAUUCAAAUGUUUGCAGCAAAAAACCUUAGUAGUUGAUCCUACAUGUCAAAGAGGCUUUGUGUAGAGAGACUGGUUUUCUUAAGGCAUCUGGCUUUGACAGACAACCCAGAUUGUAGAUGAUCUACGUAGGAAUAUGGAGACACUAUUUUUUAAAACAUUUCCGUGAACAAGCUGGUAUUUUUGCAUUGUGUAUAUCUAGAGAUUAAAUUUUGUUUUUUACAAAUACCCUUGAAAAAAAAGUCUAUUUUUCUGUCUUAAUAGAGAAAAUGUGCUUCAGGAUUCAAAUCAGAGGAUUUUUUCUGAUUUAUACCUUUUGUCUAUUCUUGCAAAGCAGUGAAAUGUGCUUUCAUUGUUGUGCACAUAUCUAUAUGGGUGCUUAUCCAGAAGACGUGGUGCUAAUUUAUGGAAUUGUAAACUUUUUGUUUUUGGGGGGGGGCUUCUCAGAAUAUAUUUUGAUAGCCUAGUAUGGAUCUAUGUAUUUAAUGUAAGGCUACAUGCAUGGGUUGUGUUUCAUAACCCAUAUAACCAUUUACUUGAGCUGUUGAGAUUUCUCUAAUUCUCUUAAAAGGAUUCAUUGAGAUUGUAAAAGAAUGUUGUUAUAAAAUAAUAACAGAUUUAAAUCUGGGAUGUGAUGUUUCUGCUUUAUUUCAUCAUGUUGUUUAAGUUCCAAAACCACACGAAUAUCAUUUCAAUACCAAAUACUGAAUAGGAAGAAAUGGAUUGAAAACACAAACCAUUAAACAAAGAUGACAAUU